AUGAAAGCCCCCACCAGCCCCCACCUCCUCACCCUCCUCACCCUCCUCACCCUCACCUUCACCACCCUGACUCAAGCAGUCCUCAACGGCCCCUGCGACUUCCCCGGCCUCGGACCGGGCACCUGCCUCCACGUCGACGCCUGCGCCCGAGGCGGCGGAACCUCCGUCACAGGACGCUGCGGGAACGACCCCGUCUGGGUCCGGUGCUGCUUCAAACGGUGCCCUGGGACUAGCGGAAACGGGAUUUGUCGCCCUUCCACUUCGUGCUCCCCGCCUAACACGUCUACGGAUCCAGGCAGUCGGGAAGCCAAAGGAAACCCACCGAUAAGCAAAAAGACCGACUCCCACCGGCCAAAGAGGCAAACCGAUAUGAAAGCCCCCACCACCUCCACUACCCCUGGCACCACCCUCCUCCUCCUCACGUGCCUCGCCUUCACCACCCUCACCCAAGUUGAAGCAGCUCUCAACGGCCCCUGCGACAUCCCCGGCCUCGGACCAGGCACCUGCCUCCACACCCAGGUCUGCGCCCAAGGCGGCGGGAUGUCCGUCCCAGGAUACUGCAAGGACGACCCCAUCUGGGCCAGUGCUGCUUCAAACAGUGCUCUGACCCGUCAAGGGGUGGGACUUGUCGCCCUUCUACUUCGUGCUUCCCGCCCAAUAGGCCUAUUAUUGAUCCAGGUUCGUGCCCUGGUCCUGAUUCGAUCAGGUGUUGUGUUCCAUCCCCGGUCAUGGGAGCAUAACAGGAGCGAGCAAGGAACUUUCAUCAAACGAUCAAAGGUUGUCACGGAGUGA